AUGUGGCUCUUGAUUUUCUUACUCUGGUUGGCCGUUUGGGCCGGUGGCACAUACUGGUACCUGUUUGGUAAAAAAAGCCCGUUCUCCCUGGAGUCAGUGAGACCGCCUGGACCUCGAGAGUUCGAUCAAAAGAAGCGGGACAAAGUCAUCAAGCAAGGGUUCAGUGUUGACAAAGUGCCCCAGAACCUGGACGUCAUCGUCAUCGGCAGCGGCAUCGGUGGGCUCACAGCUGGAGCCACGCUGGCCAAAGCGGGGAAGAAAGUUUUGGUGUUGGAACAGCACGACCAGGCCGGAGGCUGCUGCCACACAUACAUCGAGAAAGGCUUUGAGUUUGACGUUGGGCUUCACUACAUUGGCCAGGUCCAUGAGAACAGUCUGUUGCGUAUUGCCUUUGACCAGAUCUCUGAGGGCCAGCUGGAGUUCCAGGAGCUAAAUCAGCAUUUUGACACCAUCCAGAUCGGCGUCGGCGAAGAGAAGCGGGACUACACCAUCUUCUCCGGUAAAACGGAGAUGAAAGCCCACCUGUUGAAGCAAUUCCCUGACGACACGGAAGCCAUUGAGACGUUCUUCAGAAUCAUGAAGGUCUCAGCUAAGAAGACUCACUAUCUGGCGACUCUGAAGCUGAUCCCACAGUGGGUGUCUUUGUUCCUUCUAAAAUCGGGCAUUGCAGACCUCGUCUCUCCAGUUUUUCGGCUCUCCGGCACAAAUGCAACAGAGUUUGCGAACACCCUGACCAGCAACAAGGAUCUCCAGGUCAUCUUUUCUUAUCUUUUCUAUGGUGUGCCUCCAAAGGAGUCCAGUAUUCUGAUCAACGCCCUCCUGGUUCAUCACUACAAACGAGGUGCCUACUACCCUAAAGGUGGAGCCAGCGAGAUCGCUUUCCACAUCAUCCGCACCAUUCAGAAAUAUGGAGGGAACUGCCUGGUCAGAGCUCCAGUCUCCCAGAUCCUGGUUAAUGACAAGGGGGCAGCUUUUGGUGUGAAGGUGAGGAAAGGUCAAGACGAAGUGGAGAUUCAUGCGCCGGUGGUUGUGUCAAACUGUGGCAUCUUCACUACCUUCCAGAAACUUCUUCCCCCUGAGAUUCAAGUCAAACAUGAUGUUCAGGAAAGACUGAACAUGAUGAAACAUGGCAGAGGAUCAUUCUUGGUCUUCUCGGGCUUCGAUGGAACUGCAGAGGACUUGGGCCUCGUGUCCACUAACUUCUGGCUGUUCAAGAACAACGACAUGGACAAGUCGAUGGACGACUUCUUUGCGAUGAGCAAAGAGGAAGCACCUGAUAACAUCCCCAUGAUGUUCAUCACAAUCCCAUCUUCUAAGGACCCUGAAGCCAAACUCAGACAUCCUGGAAAAUCUUGCAUGACCAUACUGACCAUGGUUCAGUAUGAAUGGUUUGAAGAGUGGAAGGACACGACUGUGCGCAAAAGGGGUGAUGAAUACUACAACUACAAAAUGAGAUUUGCUAAUCACCUCUUUAACUGGGCCUGCACGAUAUUCCCUAAAAUCAAAGACAAGUUGGUUUUCCAGGAUGUGGCGACCCCACUAACCAACAUGCACUACCUGGGUGCUCAGCGUGGAGCCAUGUACUCCGCUGAGCACAACCUGGAGCGUUUCCAUGCUGAGGCCGUGGCCAGGAACAGGUGCAACACCCCCGUCAAAAACCUCUACAUCACAGGCCAGGAUGUGUUCAGCUGUGGGAUAGCCGGAGCUCUACAUGGCGGACUCCUCUGCGCCUCGACAGUGUUGGAUCACAUCGUCUACAUCGACUUGCUCCUCCUCAAGAAGAAGCUGAAGAGGAGGAAAGCCAAAGAGCUGGCCGAGCUGGCAAAGAAGAAGCUGCAGUGA